AUAAAAGAGGUAAUUGAAGGAAUUGAUUGGCCUGGUUGUAUUAAUCACCCCAUACCGCUGAACUGAGUAAUCGUGAUUCAGAAAUCCCUUGCGAAAUCGACGUCUCCGAGAACUUUUAGGAGAUUAUAUGCCUCAUUCCAGAAGGUGCUGUUUCAAUUGCGCCCCCACAAAGGGUUUGAUUUAUCUACAAUUUAUUGAUCUGAAAGUCAAAACGUAUGCUGUUUACUUCUGAAGUUUGUGAAGCCAGCGUGGCUUGGUUAGCAAGUCGGAUGGAAAUUCUGUAACGAUCGGACUCCGAACUGGACAGGUGAAUCCCUCUUAAAUAAAAAAAAAUCGUCCUUACUCUCACCUUGCUCGAUUAAACGCUUACCAUUCAAAUGACGCGCAAUUUAUUCCAUCAUCCUCUUUCAAACGCAGUCAGUCAAAGAUGACACGCCAAUAUCAAUGAUGCCAGUGACGUCACGACUUCAUUCAUUGUGAACUUUUCUUUUUUUUGUAGUUACUUGGAUAAUUGGAUGAGAUCAUUGAUACAAUUUGAAACGCUAUCUCCACUUGCUUACCUUUCGGGCGUGCGUUGUGAUUAUCUUAACGCGACUGACCGGGUAUGUCAUCCAAUAUGUGCCAAUUGGGAGUUAAAUGAAUGUUUGUCUCUUUAGAGUGCCAGUAAGAAAUAAACAGAAAAUUGAGUCUGCAGGAUGUUAUUGACGAUACAGUACACGAAUGUUUCUUCAUAUUUCGACAUCCAUAGUUAAUUUUCCUCUUUACUUUCAUCAUUCAUCAAACGGUAAAUUAGUGCACCUGCUUGCUGCUAAAUGUGGAAACUGACAAAGUUCUGAACGAGUUCUUAUCUAACUACAUCUAGAGGUUCAGUUCACGGUUAGAUCACCCAUCAUCUGGCUUUACGCCAUGUUGUUGCUCCUUCUCGUUCUCCUGUGCGGGGCGGGGAGCAUUUCUCGCGUCAGUUCUCUCGCGGACGGCGAGACCUGCGAGCUGACACACGGCGAGACUACCGUGGAUGUCGAAGUGGUGGACGACAUCCAACAGCGAACUCUUCGAUGUCGGAAACGAGUUCAAGUCAAUCAAUGUGAGGGUAAAUGCAUAUCACAGGUGUCCCCUACGGUGCUACAACAUGGAUUCGAUAAGAAAUGCCACUGCUGCAGAGAACAUGGGAUGGUACACAAGAAGGUUGUCUUGACAAACUGCCACGACGCCCUAGGAGUCAGAGCCCCAGAUUUUACUCAUCAAGUAACGCUAAAACAACCCCAGGCUUGUCGUUGUCAGAUCUGUACAUUCUGAGAUUUGAGCAUUUUAUUUUCUUUUUACCACUAACUUUAAAUUCCAAAAUAAAGAUUAUGACAAUAAGAUUAUCUAUUAGUUUUUUUUUGUAAUGUAGACGUGCUCUCGUGUUUGUUGACUAAUCUAUCAUCGGUUACAUGAUUAUACAGAUUAUUACUUCAUUUGAAAAUCUGUAAUUUUGUAAUGCAUUUAAUUGCAGACGUAAACAUACCAUCAUUCAUUAGCACUUUCUUCUAAUGAUUUGAUAUUAUCUGCUUUGUUAUAUUAAAAAAAACAAUUUAACCUUAUUCAUGUGUCAAUAAUUUGUUGUCAUGUUCAGUCAUUAUGCAAAAUGAGGCAUUCAUCUUAAUCUGGAAUAGGUAAAGAUAUGGCAUAGAACAAGCCAAAACUGAACCGGAAACACAACAAUGACAACAGGUCGGAGUUAAUCAUUUCGUUACGUACUUCAAUUUAAAAAAAAAGAAGCAAUAAAGUAAACAACAAUGUCGUACUCUGAAGGCUAUCCUCAUUACAUUUGAGCUUUUUUCUUUCUUUUUAAAAACAGGUGAAAGCAUAUUUACCAAGAAUGCUCCAUUUCUAUUUAUUUGAAAAUAGGAAAAAUAGCACUGUUGAUUACACAACUUGCUCAAGGGCAUAGGUGCCGUGCCGGGGAUCGAACCCCUGAUUUAAGUGUGUCUAGACAGGUACCUUAGACCACUCGGCCAAGGCAUGUCCGCUGAGCUAUCUGUGCCUUUAAACGAUUAUCUAGGUUUAUGCAUUCAGGCAUUCAAAACUACACGGUUUUCAUUAUCCCUUUUUUAUAAAAAUAAAAGUGGUCCAAGAAUUAAGCCCUGAGGUACCCCUAAUUUGGCGGUUUAAUGAAACUUGGGUUUGAAUCUUUCAAGUUCUCUGUUAACCUUUUAAACAAGAAAUGAGUUCAAGUAAUUGAUUACUUUGUUUAAUACGGUAAGGGAUUAGAUAUCAAUCAUUUUCUAGAAUACUUAAUCAAGAUUUCUAUAACGUCAUGCAAGAUUAAAUUUCAUGAAUAAUAUGAUUAUGAAUAUAGAAUUUAAGGUGAAAUUACUACUGUGCUGUUAAUUUUCCGGCCGAAAUGGUUCUUGAAAAUAUGUGUUUCCACAUUUUUUUUCUUCUAAUUUCGAGGUCACAUCUUUUGGAAAGUAAACCCUUAAGCAACGACAAUGACAAGGUCAUGUUGCUUGAAUUUUUCGUUCCAUCAUCUUGAUUAAACGUAACAAUGUGUGUAUUAUGCUUACUGAACGAAAAGUUUAUGAAAGGAGGAUAGGGUUUUAAACGCUUUACAAGUGAAUUUAACUAUUUCCAUAACAAAUUUUCCGAAUGGAGUCUCAUGUCGACGUGUUAAACCUGCAUGAAUCCUUUAUCGAUUUUUUUAUUUUUUAAAAGUUGACACCCUAAAAAAAAAAAAUUUUGAAGUUAAUUGAAAAAAGGUGAUAUCAUGAUGACAUAUAAUAUUUUUCAAGGUUUACUUCACGUUUGAUAUAUUUCUUCGUUUUGACAAAAUUAGUUUCCCUUUUAUCAAAGUGUGUGAUCUCUUCAAGUAAAAUGGAAUCUAAAAUAACGUUUUUUUUUAAUAUCUAGAUCAAGCAAAAAAUCUUAUUUUUUUCCAUAAAAACGGAUGGAAACCUAUAAGGUUGCCGAUUUACUUCGCCCAAUAGAGUGAUAUAUAGACAAUAGUGUAUGUCGACGUGGGGCCGCAGAACGAUUAUGAAGGGGGUGGCUGAACUUAUUUUAAGGAGAUAGAUGAAGAUGAACCCCCCCCCCCCCCCUCUUCCCCGGUUCCGCGGCGCCACCUAUAUGGGACAUUCCUGAAAUUAGUUGUCUCUGUUUUUAUUUAUAUAAAGUUUGUUAUGCUACGAAUAAUCAUGACUUAAGAAGUUUAAAGGGGGAAUGAAUUGUGUGUGGUCUCUCAUUGACUGUGUGUUAUAAAUACAUAGUCUUAAAAUAUACGUUUUCAGAUAUCUACUAUGUACUACAGAGAAUAAAUUGACCUAUAAUUGUAUUUGUAUAGAGAAAUUAAAAUGUAUUGACAGGAAAAGUAAUCGUUUUGCUACUUGGUAACAUUAUCAUUGCGGUAUAAAUGUAUUGAGUAGUUAAUAAACAUGUCAUCAUUCAAGUGGGUCUAUAUUACUAGACUACACCAGAAUUAUGGGUCAGGAAACUGGCCAGGUAUGAGAAGUUGAGGACUCGAAAUAGCGCUAUUGGUUCGUAUCUGCUUUAAAAUGACGUAUUAUGGAGAAAAUGGGGGUCAGACUUACCAAAGGAAUUAUUAUAAAAUUACCCCCAUGCACAUAGCAAAUAACUAUAUAUAUUAAAAUUAUUGUAUUAAUUGUAGCAUUAUGUAUUAUAUAUCUAAGAAAUAAAACUUAACAUUUGUACUUGUAAAAAUGCUAUAUCAGGCAUGUCAGGAAUGCCGUUCAAGGUGCAACUAUCAGAUAGCAUUAGGCUUAGUCGUGUUAGUGUUGAAAUAAAGGUAGCGAUUGCACACUUAGGAAUGUGAGAUGCGACUUUGCGCUUCGAGUGUGAUAUAAUUGGUAAUAAUAUUCGAGGUUAGAGAGCAGAUUGAAGUUAUGCAAACCUGAUUAUAUAAAAAGUGGCUCAAUUUUCCGAAAGAAAUGUCUAUUCAAAAUCUUGCUUACAGGAUGUGGAAAAUAAUUAUAUCGAUUUGACUGUAGUCCCGGGUAAAUGGUUAUUUGAAUUUUGCUAGAACCACAAAAUGCAAAAUGAGUGAAUAAAAUGUACUCUUGAGUAUUUUAAACAUCAUGUAAAGUUAUUUGUGUACAAUAUGUUUCGAAAAAUAAACACUUCUUAUAUUAAGCACUUCA